GCGACCGAAAUAUAAUUUUUCAUGUAAUAAAAAUAUUUACUCAGUAACCAUGAUUAGUUUUCAAUUAUCCAAAUGUAGCUCGAAUGAAAAGUGAAGUCCGACUACGUAACUGUAUUAGGAAGGAGAUUUUCAGUUUUUGAACAAUUUUGUGUCAAUAAUAAACAUGUUAUCGGAGAACUUUAUUUGAAAGCACACAACACAUUCUGAAGGGAUGUACGCCGUCUGAUUGAUUUGAUCUCUAAAUUAUCGGGGAAAUCUUUAAAAAGGUUUCAUACUUUGAGGCGUCUGAAACUGUAGGAAGUCGUAUUCAAAGUCUCUUGUUGUAAGAUGAAAAAUGACAUCAUCCGCCAAAAAACAGAAGGCUAAACUAACGGAGGAGACGAUAACUGAAUACAAGGCACAAUUCGAUGCAUUAGAUCAUGAAAAAACGGGGAAAGUCUCCGUCCCAGAUGUGACUGUAUUGAUAAGAAGAGUAGGUCUGAUGCCAUCAAACCUAGAAAUUGAGGAGUUGAUAGCUGACGUGGACAAAGAGAAAACAGCACUUGUUGAAGGUAUAACGUUUGAUCAAUUUUGUGAAAUAGCAUCACGAAAGUACAAUGAAAUAUACACGGAAUCAGAUAUCGUUGAAGCUUUCCGUACAUUUGAUGUCGAAAAUAAUGGUUUCCUUUCAGCUUCUGAACUUCGUCGUGCCCUGUGUACGGUGGGUGAGAAUCUGACUGAGGUGGAAAUGGAUGCAAUGUUAGAAAAAGCUAAAGUUGAUAGUGAUGGUAACGUGCACUACGAAGAAUUCGUUCGUUCUAUAACAUCAGACCUUUGAUAAAAAUUAAGAAAGUAUCCAAAGAGAAUACAAUAUGUGAAGAAUAAGAUGAUUUCGAAGUAAUGAUUAUUUUCAUUUUGCGAUUUUGGCAUCGCAUGUCUAAUAUAUAUCUAAUCGUCUUAAAUAGAUGUAUUAAC